AUGAGUACAUACGAGGCCUUCAAAGCCAACUUCUCCGCCGCCGAAACUGCAGACGAGCACUUCCAACGAUGCUGGGCCGAGCAGGCUUGCGGAGGGUGCCUCAACGGCAAAGGCUGCAGUUGGUGUCCAUAUACAUGGUCAUGCGUUCCAAAUGAAUCCGCAAUCCCAAUGCUGGCACCGGCCUUCCACAAGAACAUCUGUCCGCAUCCCGACGAGAGGUGGGAGCUCAGGACGAGGCCUCUCGGAUGCGGAGUGUCCUCUGGCACGGCGCUGGCAAUCGUGGCGACCGUGUUGGCAACGUUGACGGUCGUCUUGAUCGUCGCGGCGGCGGUGCUGACGGUCCGGAGGAUACGGAACUCGGGACAGAAGGUGAUGGGUUGGGAAUGGGCGUCUCGGUGGAAGAAGCGCGUCUGGUUCCAACGACGAGGCGGCAGAGCUGGUGAUGCUGAGCGAGAUCCGUUGCUAUCCCCACAGCUGGAGGGCGCGCCUGAAAAUAUCUCAUGA